CUCAGCUUAUCGUAUAUAACCAAUCCCGAAUCGCUAUAGCUUCCAGGAAAUUCAGCAAAUCGGCAUCCCACUUGAAGAACAGCUCUCGCACAAUGGGCAAGAAGAAGAACUCAACCCCGUCGGAGGAACACCUUUUACUUGUUGGGCAUCCUUCUAGUAAGGCUCCGGUAGUUGACACCCAUACGCACCUCGUGUCUACGUUCAGUUUCUACCAGGCGAAGUAUAAGGAUGGCAGGCUGUUGUCCGGCUCGAUCUACGAAUUCGCGAAAGAAAUGUACCGAGGGCACAACGUCGAGGCCAUCGUAGACGUGUACUGCGAGGCUCCUGUGGAGCGGAUCUGGAAGGAGAUUGCGGACUCUGCGUUGACCCCUGAGGACAGGCAGAAGAACUGGAAUGGGACGGAAUACUGGUUCGUUAUGGGCGUUCACCCCCAUGAAGCGAAGAACUAUAAUGACGACGUGGAACGUGACAUAUUAGAGGCCAUGAACCACCCACGAUGCGUGGGCUGGGGGGAAAUUGGACUAGAUUAUCAUUACGACAAUUCGCCUCGGGAAAUUCAGCAAAAUGUUUUCCGGCGUCAGUUGAGACAUGCCAUCCGCCUUGGCAAACCUCUCACCAUCCACACUCGUGAAGCGGAAGAAGAUACCGAGCGGAUCCUCAAGGAAGAAGCCCCCAAAGAUCACAAGAUUCAUAUUCAUUGCUUUACGGACUCACCUGAGUUCGCACAAAGGCUAUUGGACCAUUUCCCAAAUUUAUAUGUUGGUAUCACUGGCGUGAUCACAUACUCCACGAAUUUGAAUACGUCCGCCGUCAUCCGCAACCUCGCCGCGUCCGAAUCGUCGAAGCUUCGAAUCGUACUUGAAACAGACGCUCCAUUCAUGGUGCCUGGUAACAUCUACAAGUCGCCAUCCUUGACCGGUAUGAGGGGCAAAUUCCCUCUAUGUCAUACUGGUAUGCUUCCUUGGACUGCAGAGUUUGUGGCGGACGUAGCCGGAGGAGCCGACAAGGGAUGGGACGUGGACAGGGUAAUGGGAGAGGGUCGGGAGAAUGCUCGCAGUAUGUACGGCAUCUAA